UGUCGUCUUUUCUUUCUGCAUUUUUAUUCUUGCGCACACCGUUCUAAGUUCUAAGGAUGUAUUUGUUCGGCUUCUUCCGUUCGUUGAGUAAUGUAACAUAUGCUUUCACUGGAAUUAUUCUUCGCGCUGUCGUUAACCGAUAAACAAUCCGGGUCCAGAGCGUGAGGCCAUCGUCCAGCGCCCAUCACCACUAUCCCCGCCAUGCCGUUGUCUGUGGGCUCGUUGGCGAGCUCUCGAUCGUUCGCCAGCUCGCAGUUCGAGAGCUCGCGCUCGCCGGGCAGCCUGCGCUCGCGGGUGAGCUCUCGUUCCCCGGGCAGCGCUCGCUCGGCGCUGACGGCUUCCAGCCGGCCGGCCGGUCCGCCGCGCCGGGAGGCCACCUUUACCAGCGUGGACAGCGGCGGCGACUCGGGCGGCGAGUCGGCCUCCAGCGUCCCGAGCUCGCUCAGCCGCCGGCGACUCUCCUGGCGCCGUCCCUCCUCACUCAAACUCCGAUCGUCCCCUGUGAAACGCACCGACUCCUCUGAGCGUACGUCGCGUCCGCUCUCGCCGGCAGCGCGCUGGAAUCAUAUCGACGACCUGGAUACGUUCUUCACGCGGGUGUACCAGUACCACCAGCAGCACGGCUUCCUCUGCAUGAUGACACGCCAGUUCUUGGAGCUGUUCCAGUUCUUCUUUGUCGUCACGUUCUCUUUGUUCCUGGUGACGUGCGUCGACUAUGAUCGUCUGUUCAACUGCUCGGCCUGUCCGUCUCCGCCCUCCUCUCCGUGGCUGGUGGCCGUGCUGGGCAUCGACACGGCCGGUACCGCCUCACCGUACGCGACGCUCGGUCCGCCCGCUGCCGGCAGUCGCAGCGAACACCGCGGCAAGACCACGCUGUGGGACGUCCUGCUGCCGGCCGGACAGUGCAUGGCCCGGCCGCCGGCCUCCGUGGUGCUCUGUCUGCUGGUCGCCGCCUUCUUCUGGCUACUGAGAAUGGUCAAGGUCGGCUACAACUUUGUCCAGUUCUGGGAGAUCAAGGUGUUCUUCAACGCGGCGCUCGGCAUCAGCGAUUCUGAGCUGGACAACCACACGUGGUACGAGGUGCAGCAGCGACUCAGGGAAGUUCAGCACGAGCAGCAAAUGUGCAUCCACAAGACUGAUCUCACUGAACUGGACAUCUAUAACCGGAUCCUGCGCUUCAAAAACUACAUGGUGGCAAUGGUGAACAAGCAGGUCCUUCCGCUGCGCUUCAACGUACCCUGCUUGGGUGAGGUGGUCUACCUCAGCAAGGGCCUCAAGUACAACCUGGAGCUGCUGCUGUUCUGGGGACCCGGCUCUCCGUUCGAGAACAACUGGCACCUGAAGGCCGACUACAAGCGGGUGGGAAAGCGGCGCCAGCUGUCUGAGGAGCUGGCGCGCCGCGUGCUCUGGGUUGGUGUAAUCAACCUGGUGCUCUGUCCCGUCAUCCUGCUCUGGCAGGUGCUCUACUGCUUCUACAACUAUGCAGAGUUGAUCAAGCGUGAGCCGGGCUCUCUGGGAAUGCGCCGCUGGUCGCUGUACGGUCGGUUCUUCCUGCGGCACUUCAACGAGCUGGACCACGAGCUGAAGGCGCGCCUGAACAUGGGAUACAAGGCGUCCAACAAGUACAUGGACUCGUUCACCACGCCCUUCACCGAGAUCAUUGCGCAGAACGUGAUGUUUGUGUCCGGCGCGCUGCUGGCGGUGCUGCUCGGUUUGACCAUCUACGACGAGGACGUCAUCACGGUGGAGCACGUGCUGACGCUGAUGACGCUGCUCGGAGGACUGGUGGCCGUCUGCAGGGUGUUCAUAGCCGACGAGAACCUGGUGUUCGCGCCCGAGCAGCUGAUGGCGGCGGUGCUGGCCCACGUCCAUUACAUGCCCGACCACUGGCGCGGCCAGGCACACACGGGACGAGUCAUGCACGAGUUUAGCCAGAUGUUCCAGCUGAAGGCUUAUUUUCUGAUGGAGGAGCUUCUGUCGCCGAUAGUCACGCCGUUCAUCCUCUGCUUCUACCUGCGACAGAAGUCGCUGGACAUUGUCGACUUCUUCCGCAACUUCACCGUCGAUGUCAUCGGGGUGGGUGACGUGUGCUCGUUCGCCCAAAUGGACGUGCGCCGCCACGGCCACCCUGCGUGGCGUCCGGCGGGCGGCGGCGGCGGACCGGCCGGCUCCGACUCAGUGGAGCCCGGCUCGGGCGGCGAACAGCGCAGCCCCAGUCCGGUGGCGGAGGGGCCGGCCGAAGAGGCCACGCGCGCCGACCAUGGCAAGACGGAGCUGUCGCUGGUGCAUUUCGCCAUCACCAACCCGGGCUGGAGGCCGCCGGAGAGCUCAGAGAUCUACAUCUCCACCCUGAGGGCGCAGGGGGCGCGUGACGCUGCCUGUCUGGGUCAGGCCGGCCUGGGCGCCAUGCCGCCACUGGCAGAGGAGAACGCCCUCUUCUCGUCACUGCAGGCGCUGGGCAGCGUGGGCUGUCAGCAGUACGGACCGCCCCUCACGACGGCGCUCGGCGGCAGCUCACUCAACGGACAGGGCUCGCUGCUGGCCAGCGUACACGAGGGCCUGUACCAGCGGCCGGACCUGCAGGCCUCUCUGCUCCGGCCGACCGCUGCAGGACUGGGCCGGAGUCAGGUGCCCGAGUUUAACGCGGCAGAGAUGGCCAUCAGCGCGGUCUACAUGCACGAGAUCCACCAGCGCACGCUUCAGCACCAGCAGCAGCAGAGUCGGCUGGGCACCGCUCCCGGCGGGGCGGGCUACGGCGGCGCCACGCCCCGAAGGGACGGUAUGGAGGAGUUCGGCGGCGACACCUCGGUCCGGUACGCACCGUCGUCGAGCCGCGGCGGCGAGCAUGAGCCGCUGCUGGACCUGUCUCGGACGGCCUCCUAGCGGCUGUGGUCGGGCCGGCCGCCGCGUGACGCGACGCCCCGGCACUGGGUGUGACGCUGGGUGACGCCGGCCGGUGACGUGACGAUAAAGUGACGGAGUGACGGUCUGCGGUGACACGGGCUGGUAUGCGGCGUUUGGAUAAUUAAGUGGGGUAGUGUGAAUAGGACGUGAUGGUAGCUGGCUGGGCCAUUGGAGGAAAUAAGGGAUGAGCUUCAGGAAGGGAAACGGUGGAGAAAGUCUGUGAAGGGCAGCCUUAUUGGGAGCUUGGCCAGCACACGCAGCGAGAAUGGCGCAGGACGCAUCACACAUACGACUACGGCGGAAGAGGCUGGAAGAUCGACACACGACGGUGUCUACAUUGAGAAAUAUGAGCAACGACGCACGAAUUCGGGGUGACCGAGGCUUGGGCACGGCUUAGUGAGGGUGGGGUAGACUUUUUGUCAUUUGUGCGCGGUUAUCGAGAAUGUAUAAGUGUGCAGUGCAAAUCGUACGAGCUACUUCUGUAGGUGAUCCCUCACGGAUAAAAGAGGUGGGAUAGGAUGCGCGAUUGAAGGGCGUUUAUGAGCUCGUACAGAAAAUUGUGUGCUUUUGAGAAUCGCUGACCUUAUGAAACUCGCGUGUUGUAGGUAGUGACUCUCAUUUCAGAUAUCACGUGGGGAACGUGGUCACCAACUGUACGUCACGUGACUUACUAGGACGGUAGGUAUCAUGGGACACCGAUUUGAGUGUGCCGACGCGGUGUGUUACCUUACGUAGCUUACGUAUCACCUGAGGACACCGCGCAAGUCAAUACUGCGCUCGUAUUUGUCUCUUAGUAACGCUCACAACGCUUCAGUGGCACUAAGAGACGAGUUUUACUGUCACAAUUGGGACUGCGUUCCCACUAUGUGGUUAGUCCACUAAUGUGAAAAGUGCGUUCUCUGGUCUCCUUAUGGAGACGGACUGGCAAUGGCGCGAUCUUAUGUCCACUGGGUAGCUGCCACGUCGCAGGGAGGCGGGCGCCAAGCGGGCUUUCAGGAGGGCGCUGCGGGCCGUCUCAGGGCGCUCUGUGCUAGCACGCCGGUCCGUCUGAGGUCCUGCGCCACUGCUGGGGGAAGAGUGCGGGCCGGGGGCCGGGAAGAGUGCGGGCCGGGGGCCGGGAAGAGUGCGGGCCGGGGCCGGGGAGAGUGCGGGUGGGAGCAGACGGGUCCGCGCCCGGCGGCGCCCCGCGCUGGCAGCUCGGUGGGUCUGUCUGUGAUGGCCGGCCGGCGGGUUCGUGUGUCAGCUGAACCGGUGCGUGGUGGGAGCCUAGUCAGUUCGAAUACCUCACCAGGCGCCGGGCGCGCCGCCGGUACACACCGGCCGCUCUGGGUGUGGCCGUGUGAGGCGCGCAGGUGUUUGUCGGUUUGCCUUCAUGUGAGCGCGGUGUGGCUCCCCUUGGUGAUGUCUGACUGAUGAGUCGGACCGUGGCUCGAUUGUGUGCGAGAGAUAGUGGGAGUGCCUGUGCCGCCGACAGUAUAUGGACAGACGUCUGCUCUUCUUAGUCGAGUGCGCUGCGUCACAUGGCAAAUUAACGUGUUUUAAGCUACUCAUAAUCACCGUGUCCAUAUGCCUGAUAAUAUGCCAGAAUAAAUUUUAUACUGCCCUG